GCGAAACACGGGGAUGCGCGCACGUGCGCCUUUAGUCCCCUGCAGUCACUCAAUCUCGCGCGGUCUCGCGUCGUGUUUCACUCUCUCGUUGGCUUUUUUUUCCCCAGUAUGAGGGCAUCCGCUCUGAAGCGGGUGGUCCUCGUGUUGGGGGGCUUCGGGCUGCUCCUCUACGUCAGCAUGUUUCUGGGGAGGACAAAUGAGCCCGCUGACAAAGAGCUGGAACCCCUGCGGCUGAUCCGCUUCUUCUCCGACGUGCAGAGAAACAUCAGCGAUAUCUUCAAUGAACUCCAAACGUUUGAGCAAAAGCAGAAAACCAUGCAGAAAAUGCUUGAAGAGGACCGAGCCGGUCAGAGAGCAGCCGCAGAGGUCAAAAAGCUCUCAGUCGAAAAACAGCCAGAGCAACCUGAUUCAAAGAUUCAGGAGCAACCGAAGCCCCCCGAGGAGAAGAAGUCAAACAAACUGUUCCCGAACUCUGCCCUCUUCAAGGCGUGGGGGGAAAAUCUGCCCGAGGACGUCCAAACCGAGGCACAGAGUCUGUAUAUGAAGUACGGAUACAACGUUUAUCUCAGCGAUCGCCUCCCUGUAGACCGAGCCCUUCCAGACACCAGAGAUAAAAGGUGUCUGAAGAAGAUUUAUCCCAAGGACCUGCCGACUUUGGGCGUGGUGUUGAUCUACCUGAACGAGGCCCUGUCUGUUAUCCAAAGAGCUGUGCGCAGCAUCGUCGACCGCACACCUAAACACCUGCUGAAGGAAAUAAUAUUGGUGGAUGACAAUAGCUCCAAUGACGACUUGAAGGAGGACCUCGACGCGUACAUAAAGACGACCGAGCAGCAGAACCCAAGUCUCCGGAUUGCAAGAGUGAGGCACAGCGAGCAGCGAGGUCUCGCGCACGCCAGAGCCUCUGGGUGGGAGGCCGCCACGGCCGACGUGGUGGCCAUCCUGGACGCGCACAUCGAAGUCCACGAGCAGUGGGCCGAACCCCUGCUCACACAGAUCAAAGGUGACCGGACGGUGGUGACGUCCCCCGUGUUUGAUAGAAUCAACUUUGAUGACCUCAAGGUGACCGAAUACCAGCCGGCGUCACACGCAUUCGACUGGGCUCUGUGGUGCAUGUACGAGGGGUUUUCGGACGACUACUACAAACUCCAAGACGGCUCGUUGCCAGGAAAAAGCCCAUCUGUCAUGGGGAUCAUGGUUGCUGACAGGAAGUAUCUUGGAGAAAUUGGAGUCAUCGACAAAGGCAUGAAAGUAUACGGGGGAGAGAAUGUCGAGCUGGGAAUUCGUGUGUGGACGUGCGGAGGCAGUAUCGAAGUAGUUCCGUGCUCCCGGAUCGCUCACAUCGAGAGGGCACACAAGCCCUACAUGCCCGACCUGAGCCAGGCCAUGAAGAGGAACGCCCUGAGGGUCGCAGAAAUCUGGAUGGACGAAUACAAACACAACGUCAACUUGGCUUGGAACUUGCCAUUUGAGAAUCACGGAAUUGACAUCGGGGACGUCUCGGAGAGGAAGAAACUCCGGGAAACGUUAAAAUGUAAACCUUUCAAAUGGUACCUGGAAAAUGUAUAUCCCAAAUUGGAUCCCUGGGAUAACAUAGUUGCUUAUGGAGUUCUGAAGAAUCUUGAUGCUGAUAUGUGCUUAGACCAAGGACCAGUACCGGGCAACACACCCAUCGCCUACGGCUGCCACUACUACGAACCUCAAUUCACCUACUAUCGCUCAAACGGUGAACUUUAUAUCGGCGGCAUCAAGUCCCACAAGUACAACGACAACCGGUGUGUAGCUGACCCUGGGAAAAAAGACACAGAGCCGGGCCUUUACAACUGCAAGGAGGCUAUGCAGAAAGGAAUGGGGAUUUACUGGGACUUGACUCAGGGCAAAGAAAUGAAGAACAGAGACUCAAAAAAAUGUCUGGAGAUUAAAAAAGGCAAACUUCUAAUACAAGAAUGCUCUGGCCAAAGAUGGGAAAUCCAAAACAUCAUCAAGCCCUUUUAAAAGCGUGUGCUUGUGUGUCUGUCUCACUUCUCUUUUCAUGGGUCAGUGGAUGCUUUCACCUGUAAGUGUAUAAAAAGAAAGUCAGUGAAGUUUGACUACUGCUAUGUACUUAUUGAAGAUGUUUUGUAAAUAUUAUAUGAAAUUAUUUUCCCUAAAAACUUCGGUUGUUUGGUAAAUGGUCAGAACAGAAAUAAACGUCAUUGCUACUUUAAGGUUUUAGUUCUAGAACAAUUAGCCGAUGAUUGCAAAUUCUACAUCUGGAUGUGUUUGGUGCUGUUGGGUGGAUAUUAGGUUUGAAUAUAUAGUAUAAAUGUUUUUCUUUGUCAUUCAUUUACACUUAUAGUGCAAAGUUAGCACUGAUGCUGAAGUGGACUCCUUACAGAAAAAGGCGAACAACUCUGAUAAAAGGAAAAGUAAAUGGAACAGCAGUCAAUAAAGAUUAAAACAGAAUGACCUAUAGAUGAGUAAACAUCCGUGUUCAACCGUUCAUCCGUUCAUCAUUGUCCGAGUUCAACCCCUUAAGCAAAGCCUCCUCCAACCAUGGUAGUUUUGUCAAUAACUGGGUUCCCAACAGGUUAAAAGCUACAGCACAAUGGGUUAUUUAUUAUUAAUGGUUUGUCUUGUUAUUUUUGUAAAGGUUAUGCAAUGGAAACUAUGUAUUAGUUUAUCAUAUUGAGCGUUAAAAGGGGUCUUGAUGUGUUCAAUAGCUGGGACUUAAUGUGGAUAUAUAUGUGGGUUGGUAGUUUUUUGUAUUCAAAGCAGACAUCAGUGGAGCCCUACACAUCUUUUUUUGUUAAGGGUGUUAUAUAUUUGUAUAAUUUGGAAAUAAACAUUUAUUAAAUCGGU